AUGGCCGCAGCAUCAUCACAACCAAUACAAUCUGAAAAGCGACCCGACUCGCGUCGUCUGGCCGACUUUGCUGCCAAAGCCGCUGAAACCUUCGUCUCGGCCUACUAUGCUGCUUCCGAUUCACCACAACGCACCAACCUGGUACCGACGCUGUAUCUGCCCAGCUCAUCGAUCGUUUGGAACGGAACUCCUGUCAGCGGACAACAGGAGCUGACAGCGAUGUUGAACAGUAUGCCGGGGAGCAAGCAUGAGGUGCAGGCUUUCGACUGUCAUGCUAUGGGAGGCGCUGUUGAUGGAGCCGCCUUCUCUCCACCAUCCAUCCUCCUCACAGUUUCCGGCACCGUCUCCCACCACACACCCGAAUCAUCAUCCGCACUCAACCCAUCCACCUCCUCCUCCAACGCACCGAAAUCAGCAACCUCAUCCACGCACGGAGCAAACCGCAAUCGCGGCAACUUCGACCCGGACGCACCGAUCACUUCGCAUCCGAGGGCGUUCUCGCAGAACUUUGUGCUCGUCGACAUCACGGCUGUCGGUGGAACAGUGGGCGGCGCGGCAGGGGAUGGGGGUGUGGCGUGUAGCAGUGCCACGGGCAAGGAUGCGAGUGUGACCUUAAGCGGGAGGUAUUUCGUUCAGGCGGACAGUUUUAGGUUUAUCGGGUAG